UAGAAUAGUUGAAAUUAUUAAUAGUAAAAAUGUUUAACUGGGGGUCCAUUGUUGUAACUGUGAUGCUAUUUGUGCUAUUGACACCAGGGCUGCUAUUUCAAGUUCCAGGGCGUUCAAGAUGCAUUGAGUUUGGAAACUUUCAAACAAGUGCUGCUGCCAUUGUUGUUCAUUCUCUUCUCUACUUUGGUCUUGUUUGUCUUUUCUUGAUCGCCGUUAAGGUCCAUUUUUACAUAGAAGUCAAACAGUGUCUAUUGUCAAAUACUAUAUAUAUAUGUGUUAUAAUUUGUGAAAUAGCUAGGAAAAAAAUUAAGUAUAGAAGUAUGGCAGAUUGGGGUCCAGUGGUGAUAGCAGUGGUGCUGUUUGUGUUACUAAGUCCAGGAUUGUUGUUUCAAGUUCCAGGAAGAAACAAAGUGGUGGAGUUUGGAAACAUGCACACUAGUGGUGUGUCUAUUUUGGUUCAUACUAUCAUCUUUUUUGGAUUAAUUACCAUCUUUCUUAUUGCAAUUGGUGUUCAUAUCAACACUGGCUAAUCAACUCAUUAAUCACAUUAUAGGUUUCAUUUUAUUUUCUUAGUUGUGGUUUGAAAUUGUGUUGUUUUUGUUGUUAUUUUUCAUCCUCUUGGAAUAUUUUAUGUACUUUUCUUCACUAUGUUUUGAAUUGGUCUUUGAGAUUUUAUAGGAGAGUUGAUAAUCUUUGAUUUGUGUUUGGAUUGAAUGGAGUAACAUGCACACACUUGCAAAUAGGAUCAUUUUAUGUUUACCUAA